GGGGGCUUCGAGGUGAUGAAUUUCGGUUGUCCCGGGGUCAAUUCCCUAAUCAUUUUCACUGACCCUGACCUAAACCAACCGAGGAAAAAUCCUGGUGUGAGUGGUGUGGGACACCCUGCACUUGCAUUAAAACGGUUAAUAGUAUGUUACAAGCAAGUGUCUAAUUUUUUUAUAAUGAGAUUAAAACAGCCAGUUAUCAUCUUCAAAUUCUGUUUCUCCUCUGUUGUCAGAUAUUGCAGGCACAUUUUCCCCCCUAAUUUUUAACUAGAUAGAUAAUAGUUGAAAUUCCACUUUCUUUUAACCUCUUCAUUUCCCUAUAUAAUUAAAUUUUAUCUCAAAGGUUCCUGGUGUCACAUUCAAAUCAGUAUCUAUUCUUUAACAAAUUUGUUUCUUCAGUUACUUCCUGCUCUUUAUCAGUUGUGGUGUCAAAAGUGAGCCAGAGUUUGACAGGAGUAUAUUUCACCUUUUUCAAACCUCCGGCUAAUUCAAUUUAUUUUGCUCAUGUUUUACCUUAAUUAUUUUAUCUUAUUUAGACUUUUUGCUCUGUCUCAAUAUCUAUCAUUAUUAUUAAUAAAGUGAAUCUUUCAAUUAAUUUUUGUUUCUCUCAAUAAUUUUUUUGGUUUUCGUUCGUGUAAGUCACACAGAUCUACUCUCUUAUUACUUUUAUGUACUUUUUUUCUUUCCCAAAGUUUUUAGCUGUUCUGUCUUAGCCUGUGUUUUACACUGAAAAUAUUUAUAAUCAAGUGUGUGUAUGUGUGUUUUUUUUUUUUUUAAACAUAGAGCAUUGGACAUUGAACAAAUAGAAACUACAAGUGUUAUAUUGAAAUCGCUUCCCCAAGUGGUCGGACAUGAGCUCAACAAUUGAACUACCUGCAGUUGAAGCAGAAUUGGAGAAGGUACCAGAAUUUCCACAGAAAAAUUUGGAGGUAUUGAAAGAAUGGGUGGACGCUGUCCCAAAUUUACCACCAAUAUCUGAUAUCAAAUUGAUACAUUUUCACUUCAGUUGCUACUAUGAUAUGGACAAAACCAAAGAAUGUAUUUUGAAGUAUUAUGAUAUCUUCAGAAAUCAUCCUGAGUUUUUUUAUUGUAGGGAUAUUACUUCCAAGGGAUCUCAGACAGCAAUGAAACUAUUGGAUUAUGCUAUACUACCCAAUCGAACCCCUCAAGGAUAUCAAAUUAUUUUCCAAAAGUUAUCUACAACAGACACUCGAGAAUUUGAUUUCUGUGAGGGAAUUAAACUCUUGAACAUGAUGUUGGAUGGGAGUUUGUACCUCUAUGGACUGGCGCCUGGCACAGUGGCGCUUCUAGACUACAAAAACUGCUCAAUUGGACACAUGCUAAAAUCAACUCUUCCUAUGUGGAAAGUAGUCAUUCAGUUUUUGGAGACAGCAAUACCUGUCAGACUCAAAGGCAUUUAUUUUAUUAAUACAAGUUUUUAUGUAAAGAAGAUAUUCAUGUUGCUGAAACCUUUUUUAAGUAAAGGGAUACAAGAAAUGCUUCAUUUUUAUCAAGAGUGUGAACUGAGCUCCCUGAAAGAGUUAUUUCCUCCUGAGUGUUUACCAGAAGACUACGGAGGCACUCUUCCAUCUGUAGAGGAUUUGCACAGUGAAUUUGGUGAGCAGAUGUUACAGUUGCGAGAGUUAUUUUUACAGGAGGAGGAUGAAGUGAAAAAUCCAGCUCAGUACAAGAACAAACAAAAAGUAGGCCAAGCCAUAAUUAAUACUUAAGACUAUGCUAUUUGAUCUCAAAAUCCUCUUAAAUGAGUAGUUAGAGGUCUUGUUAUUCUACGUUCGUGAUACAUUUUAAUUUAAAAUAAACCCAAUGAAAUUUUACUUUUAGGUACAUUUAUAAGCAUUUUCAAACUCUUCCCGUGACUUGAUUAGUGUGUGCCAUAGAUCCGUUGGUUGCCCUAUUUUAAUUAUUCUGUUUCAUUGGUUCAUGUCUAGCAUGUUAAGUGGAAUUGGCUAGAGCAGUCAAUUUUGUAUCAUUCACUAAUGCGUUACAAAUCAUAGUCUUUUCAGUUCAAUGUUCAGAUAAUAUGGACCUUUGGCGUUUGAAUUGAUUUAACAAUAUCAAGGACACUUUUAAAAGAAAAAUAAAAAAUUGAAUCACUAGCUGAAUGAAAAACUCAAAAAUUAUGAAUUUGGUUCACUUUCAAAGAGUAGUCUUCUUUAUAGGCGUGCUGGUCAGUUUAUUACUGAAUGAAUAUUUCAUUGAGUCUUUUUCGUUAGCUUUUUUUAAAAUUCUCAAAAUUUCUCUGACUGGAAAUGAAAGAAAGCUAGAGCUAUCAUCCAAAAGACGUAUAAACUCCUCGAUCGCUACAGUCCAUCUUUCUUCAGUUUUUUGAGAGAGCUCAUCAUCUUCAAAAUCUUGCGAAAUGUGCAAUCCACAGCUGUUUUCCUUGAAACAAGCAUUUGAUCUCCACAGUUUAGAGACACCAUCUUCAUCAGAAUUUCCAUCCCAUUUUUCUUCCACUGUAGAUGAAGCCAUGUUUACAUACUUUUCAAUUAAAUUUUGCAUCAUUGUACAAAUAAUUUGUAAUUUUUCAGUCAUGUGUGAAUCAUUAAAAUCAAUUUUCCUUCGCUCUGUAUUGUGCCUUUUGGGUCUCCUCAAAAGUUUUGAAACUCUCUCCAGCAGGAACUCUACAAUGUUCUGACAAACUACUUUAUUGCUGCUGAGCUCUACCAGGAAAAAACACUGCUCUUCCCAUCUCAGGAACUGUAACAAAAUCAAAAUGUUCAUGAAAAUUUUAGUCAAUAUGUUUGACAUCAAUAAAAAUCAGGUAAAUGGCAUAUCA